GGAGGAGAAAGAAGGUGACCCUGGCAGCCUAUAAAAGAGCAGCAUGAGCAGCCUGGAGUCUCCGUACAGAGCUGACAGAGCUUCACCUUUAUCUCUCUCUCUCUCUCUCUGCAACAACAACAAGACGCUGCAAGCAUGGCUCUGAACACACUGCUGGCCACCUUCCUGUGCACCAUCGUGCUGCCCAUCCUGCUGUUCCUGGUGGCUCUGAAGCUGUGGGAGGUUUACAUGAUCCGAGGCAGAGACCCGAGCUGCUCCAGCCCGCUGCCACCAGGCUCCAUGGGCUUACCUUUCAUUGGAGAGACGCUGCAGCUCAUCCUACAGAGGAGAAAGUUCUUGCGGAUGAAGCGGCAGAAGUACGGUUACAUCUACCGGACGCACCUCUUCGGUAACCCCACAGUGCGCGUCACCGGAGCAGAAAACGUCAGGCAGAUCCUGCUGGGCGAGCACCGGCUCGUGUCCGCGCAGUGGCCCGCCUCUGUGCGCACCAUCCUGGGCUCAGAAACGCUGUCCAACGUGCACGGAGCUCAACACAAGACCAAGAAAAAGGCAAUCAUGCGGGCCUUCUCCACGGAGGCUCUGGAGCUCUACAUCCCCGUCAUCCAGGAGGAGGUGCGGGCUGCAGUGAAGGAGUGGUUGGCCAAGGACUCCUGCGUGCUGGUCUACCCGGAGAUGAAGCGGCUGAUGUUCCGCAUCGCCAUGAGGAUCCUGUUGGGCUUCGAGCCGGAUCAGAUCAGGACGGACGAGCAGCAGCUGGUGGAAGCUUUCGAGGAAAUGAUCAAGAAUCUGUUCUCUCUGCCCAUCGACGUGCCUUUCAGCGGACUGUACAGGGGUCUGAAGGCGAGGAACUUCAUCCACUCCAAGAUAGAGGAGAACAUCAAGAAGAAGUUGCAGGAGUCGGACAAGGAGCCCAAACACAGAGACGCUCUGCAGCAGCUCAUCGACAGCAGCAAGAAGAACGGGGAACCGUUCAGCAUGCAGGCCAUGAAGGAGUCUGCUACAGAGCUGCUGUUUGGGGGCCACGAGACCACGGCCAGCACAGCCACCUCUCUGGUCAUGUUCCUGGGCCUGAACCCGGAAGUUGUGGAUAAACUGAGGCAGGAACUGAUGGACAAGGAGGAGCAUGGGAUGGACCUCCACAGUCUGAACAUUGAGUCCUUGGAGCAGUUGAAAUACACCGGCUGCGUCAUUAAAGAGACUCUGAGGAUCAACCCUCCGGUUCCUGGAGGCUUCAGAGUGGCCCUCAAGACCUUCGAACUCAACGGUUACCAAAUCCCCAAAGGCUGGAACGUCAUCUACAGCAUCUGUGACACCCACGAUGUGGCGGAGAUCUUCCCCAACAAGGAAGACUUCCAGCCGGAGCGCUUCAUGACCAAACCCUUGGCCGACUCCUCCAGGUUCCAGUACAUCCCGUUCGGAGGAGGCUCCAGGAUGUGUGUGGGAAAAGAGUUUGCGAAAGUCCUGCUGAAGAUCUUCCUGGUGGAAGUGGUCACAAAGUGUCACUGGACUCUUUUAAACGGGCCACCCACCAUGAAAACAGGACCUACUGUCUAUCCUACAGACAAUCUGCCAACCAAGUUUACCAGCUAUGUAUAAAAAUGAUACCGAGAUGACGAGGGGUAGAGUGAAAUAUGAGGUUUCACAGAUGUCUCAAAUCAUCUGAGAUUCACCUCCCAAUUCACAAUACAGUAAAAUUAAGCUACUUGGGCUCUAAAGAAUCCGAUCAAAGGCCACAUUGAACAGUAUGUUUGUAAUUCAGAUCUUUUGGGGCUUGUGUCAAUGUGCAUUUUUUUGACAUCACGUAAAUUGUACAUAUUGUAGAUGAUUUAAGAACGUAUUUUACAUUUUAUAUUAUGAUGUUAAUACAUUGGAUUUGUAUAAAUUAUAUAUAUAUUAUGUUUUGUUUGAGCAAACUAAACGAGAGGCACUAUACACAGACAUGGAACACUUUAAUCAGCUCAGAGGUGUAUCUAUAGGAUUAUGUACAUAUGUAAUGUAGAGUCUGUUUAUAUAACUUUUGUAUCUUACCCCAACUUAUUUAAGUGACUUAUGUUAUAUUGUAUGGGCUUUUUAUUUAAUAAAACUGUUAUGAGGAGAA